UUCCGGUUUAAAAUUUGGCGGCACAUGCUGAAGUGAAAGUAUCUAAAGAGUAUGUCGUCGUUCAUGGGUUCACCACAGUUCUCACACCAGGACUGGUUGGAGAAUGCAGCCCGACAGGUGGACAAACAGCUUCAGGAUGACAGAAGUUAUCAGGAUCUCUCAGAUCAACUCAAAGUUCCUAUUCACAAUCAGCCAAGUUUGAGUGGAUUGAAUGAGCUGGAUUAUCCCAGUUUACCAGAAGCUGGUAUUUCUAUCGAGAGUCUGUGUGAGAUUUGUAAUGUGAAAAGGGUCCCUCUACCCCCAGAGCUGGUCGAGCAAUUUGGGCGUAUGCAGUGUAAUUGUAUGAUGGGUUUGUUUCCCUCCAUUGAGAGAGCAUGGCUAACCAUUGACAGUGACAUCUUUGUCUGGAGAUAUGAAGAUGGAACAGACCUUGCUUACUUUGAUGGAUUAAACGAGACCAUACUGAGUGCUGCCCUAGUCAAACCCAAGCAGGGUAUAUUCCAGCCCCACAUCCAGUACCUACUCUGCCUUGCCACUCCUGUGGACAUUGUCUUACUGGGGGUCAGCUUUUCUAGGCCAUAUGAUGGUGCUACGUCAGACAGCGGUAGUGGAGAGAUGCACCUCCUUCCCGAGCCCUUGUUCUCAAUCCCCACAGACAACACGUACAUUGUCAGCAUCACUGGGGCCCCCAACGGGAGAAUCUUCAUGGCAGGCAAAGAUGGUUGUUUGUACGAGUUAGUCUACCAGGCAGAUGAUGGCUGGUUCAGUAGAAAGUGCAGAAAAAUCAACCACUCAACCAGCACAUUGUCUUUCCUUGUGCCAUCUUUUCUCAACUUCUCCUUCAGCGAAGAUGAUCCUUUGCUCCAACUGAGUCUAGAUGAUUCAAGAAAUAUUUUGUAUGCCUGUACAGAAAAAGGAACAAUUCAGGUGUUUGACCUUGGACAGGAUGGGAAGAGUAUGGGCAAGGUCGCAUCUAUUCCUCUGAACAACAUAGUACACAGCGCCUCUCUUAUAGCAAGGACUGUUGAGCGCUCGAACUUCAAGCCCAUUGUUCACAUCAGUGCCUUGACAAAGUCAGAGUCUGGAAACAUUCAUCUGGUGGCUAUCACAAAAACUGGGGUUCGACUGUAUUUCACAACUAACCCGUUUGGUAACAACAAGGGGCGGCCUUGUAUGCUAACUCUGGUUCAUGUUCGCCUGCCGCCAGGGUUCUCAGCCUCAACCACUGUUCACAAACCACAGAAUGUUCACAUGGCUUAUCACAAGAAAGGCACCUUGCUUCUGGUGGCCUCCCAGUCUGAGGACAGUGAUCUAUUGUGGACAGUCAGUAACGACUCGUUCCCAUUCCAAGUACAACUGAUGGAAGCUCAUAGCACUGUUGCUAUAGAGGGUCGUACCUGGGCUAUGUGUGAAGUCACCUCAGGGGAGAGCCCCACUGCCGUGGAUAAACCCGACCCUCCCACAGUGGUCACCCAGCACUCACAGCCUCCCCGCCAGUUCGUUCUCCUCAGUGCCCAGGGAAGUCACAUCUUCACCAAGAUGCGUCCAGUUGACCAGCUGCGCCAGCUGUUGAUAGACUGUCAGGGCCCAGACGCUGAGGAGGUCAAGGCCUUCUUCAGGCUUCACAAGCUUGAGCAGGCUUGUUCUACAUGCCUUAUUUUAGCCUGUUCUAGGAUAGCAGCAGAUCAACAGGUUGCCACCUGGGCUACCAUGGCCUUCUUUAUGUAUGGGGGUGAGCCCCAGCUGAGUUUCACUGGGUCAGCAAUGGGUACAGAUGGUCGUAUGAUGCCAAGUAAUCUGGGAGCCAUGGGCCUUCACCAGACAUCUACACCAGCUCCAGGAAUGGGUCAUCCCUACUUUCACCCUGCCAUGACGCCAGGACCUAACAUCACCCAGGAGAUUGUCUUCUCAGGGAAACACAAUGGGAUCUGUCUGUACCUGGCCAGAAUUCUCAGGUCCAUUUGGGAAAAUAAUGUUACCACAGAUUAUCCUUGUCAGACCUCACAAGGAAUCACAAAUUAUUUAACGAGCAGAAUAAAUGGUGAUGAUUUGAACAAAAUACUUGAAAAUGUUAGAGGGCUCUCAGACUUUGUGGAAUUCAACUCCAGGUUUGACACUGGACCAUCAGAAGGGAUGAUGUCACAAGUUCCCUUUUCUCCACACAUGAUGGGACACAUGGAUGAACAAGGACGUAAAAAGUUGCAAGCGGAGGCCCAGAAAAUGGAGAAGGUGUCAUUGCAACACAUUAAUGACCUGAUCAGACGUGUGGAGGAGGUGCUGGGGCUGUGGAGGAUUUUGGUAGAUCACCAACUCCACAUCAUUGUCUCCACACUGUCGAAGGACCAACAGAAUCAGCUGAGAGGAAUGAGUUUUAAACAACUUUCAACUCAUGCAACUGGAAAAGAGAUGUGUGCAUCUUUGAUCACCUGUUUGAUUGAUCGCUACCUUGAUGACAAUGCUACUAUUGAUGCCAUAAGUUGUAGACUGAGAGAAGUGUGCCCAUCUCUUUAUAGCUCCGAUGAUGCCACUUGUUCAAAGGCUAAUGAGCUCUUGCAAGCUGCCAAAGUCAAUCAGAAUCAGAACGAGAAGAUGACACAGUUAAACGAGGCAUUGAAACUGUACAAGGAGGUAUCCCAGCCCCUACAGCUACCAGUGGUCUGUAACCAGUUUGCAUUGGUCCAUUUCUACACUGGCAUCGUCGACCUCUGUCUGACCUUGGCCAAGAAGAGAGACCCCCAGAACCUGGCCCUGCAUUACUACAGGAGUGGGGAGCCCCAGGAGGACAUCCAGGGAAUGACUGCUUUCAUGUCCAGGAUGGAGUCUUACAACUGUAUAACAGACACCUUGGCGUACCUGCUCUCUGCCAGUGUGUCACACCCUCACGCCCCCAGUGUUCCCAAAUCUCCAGGGCCUCCCCCCCAGCCUGACCCCAACAGGAUGACAACAUAUGAUGCUGAAAAACAUAAAGAGGAUGUUUUCAGAAUGUCACUGAAGUCGGAUGAUGAGUUGUUCCAUGUGGCUCUGUAUGACUGGUUCUUCAAUGCCAGUCUCACAGAGAAGCUGUUAGAGGUGCAGACUCCUUUCAUUGAGCCAUAUUUAAAAAGAAAGGCCACCUGUCCAUCAGAGGCUAUAGGGGCGUUGGACAUGUUGUGGAAGUAUUACGAGAAAUGUAAAAACUUUUCGGCAGCAGCGAGAAUUCUGUCACGACUGGCUGAGAGACAUGGGACCGAUGUUAACCUUCAGCAGAGAAUAGAGUACCUGUCUAGAUCUAUCAUGUGUGCCAAAAGUUCCUCCACUCGGACCAGCUCGGCAGUGGAGGGGGAAUUCCUGCAUGAACUGGAAGAGAAAAUGGAGGUGGCACGUCUACAGCUCCAGGUUCAGAGGGCGGUGGGUAAACUCCCAAGUAACAUACUCAACGUUCAGUACGCUCUUACCAGUCUAGACUCGGAGCUCAUGGACCUGACCAGGCUGUAUGAGGAGUUUGCUGACAGAUUUGACCUCUCUGAGUGUAAGCUGGCCAUUGUUCAUUGUGCUGGUCUGUAUGAUGGAGCUCUCAUUGAGAAUCUCUGGCAGAACAUCGUCGACAAAGAAAUUGAAGCAACCACAAAUAUGAAUUCGAAGCUGAGAGCAACAAAUCUACAUAACACUCUGUUGCCGAUUGGAAGAUUGUAUAUCAAAUCAGACAGAUACUUUCCUCUGGCUUUCCUAGUGAAAUACCUAGAGCAGAGAAGCUGUGAUUUAGAUUUGAAUACAAAGUGGGUUUUUCUCCUUUUACUGGAUAUUGGUGUCUCCCCUUUGAAGCUUAUGGAGAUAUAUGACCGACUGUUCAAGUCUAGGGACCCAUAUUGGCAGCAGGUUCAUAAGCCGUUGAGAUUGUUGGAAGUUUUACAUAAUUUGUUGUCACAUAUAUGUGAGAAUCGUGCAAUCAUCCCAUCUGUGGAAAGGCGGCCCUUCACCACCACCUGUCUGGACUAUGUAUCAAACUACCUGGUGGACCUGCAGACAAUGAUGAGCACCCCCCAACAGGCAGCGGUGGUCAGCCACUUCAAGCGCCUUCAGGCUCAGCUCGAGAGGUUUUGAACCACUGGACUUAUUACCCCUGCAGUACCCACCUUAAAACCUUGGAGGUUGUGGGUGGAAAAAUUUGGACUAAUGCAAUUUUAGUGAACAAGAUCAUAAUUAUGAAGGAAGCAUUAAUGUACAUGUACACUGUGAAAGAAAUUUUAAUGGACCAUAGAUUCUUGGAGUUAGACCAAGGGAAAAAUCUGUUGUUAACAUUUGUAUAUUGUGUACCUAUUGUAAAUGCCAUGAAUCAAUUUUGUAACAGUUUGUUCAAGAAUUAAUGAGAUGUAUUGCAUCAUUUUGAAUUUAGCAAGGUUUUCAUGUAUUUAUUAAAAUGCUGUUACAAGCACUGUGAAGUGUAAGACAUAAAGGUGAUCAGAAGAUUUCAUAAAAGAAGAAAAAAUUGCAAAAAAGAAAAAGAAAAAAGAGAAAAAGACAUGUAAGGUAUGAAAGUGUUGUAGCCUGUCUCACUCACAUGUGAAAUUGUUGAUGAAUAGAGGUAUUUAUAAUAAAUCUUGUUUUGUGAACAUUUUAA